UUUAAUAUCUAUUCGAUCUUUUUGAAAUUUGUGUUCGUUAUUUAAUCAGCAUAUAUGAGCUUCUAUGUGUGUAUAUAAAGAGCUGGUAGCUGACCUUAUAAAAUAGGUAUUUAAAACAAAUUAUGAUUUAUACAGUAUUGUUGGAGACUUGCGAUUAUUAAUAUCAGAAUGGAAUAUGAAGCUGAAGAUGUUGAUAAUAUGCAGAAAAUAAAUGAAAAUACUUCUAAGGAGGCUGAGUCAGAGGAUGAAGAUAUAGAAGAGGAAUAUUGCAGUGAUGCAACAUAUUUAGCUCGACAAAUGGCAUCAGCGGAGAAAUUAUGUCAAUCAGACUCGAUAAAAUUGUAUAAUUUGCGUGUGCAACUGAGGCAUACAGUGCCACCACAACAUGUAAUUGAAACACGUGCAGGAUCUCAUAUGCCAACAAAACAGGAGAUAGAAAAGUUUGAAAAAAUAGUACCAAUCAAGAAGGGCUUAUAUUCUCUUGAUGAAGACGACAUUAUUGCUACUAAUUGGAAAGCAUUUUGUAAGUUACAUAACUGGAACAAAAAAAUGGUUCAUCCAUUCUUACAAUUAAGAAUUGAUGGCAGAAUAACAUAUAUGCGUAAUACUAUAGAAAGGCGAAAAUUUGUACAAUUCUUAGCUGAUGGUUUACCAAAUAGAACUUUAUACAGUAUCUACCAUAGAUUUAGGAAUUUAUAUGGAAAUAAUGUACAUAGAAGGUUUAAACCCGAAGAAGAUGAAAUGAUAAUAGAUCACUUAGAAAAUAACCCCACUCUUGAUCAAAAACGUAAGUAUGCUGAUUUGGCUAAAGUUCUUCGGAGAACAAGAAAUUCUAUUUGGCGGCGUUAUCAAAUAUUAAAGAGAAAAAACAAAAAAAAAUCUUAAAAAUUUUUAGAUAUUGUAGAUAUUAUCUAUAACAAAAAUGUCUACAUUAUGAAAUGGCCCUUAAUUAUCUUUUCAGAAUUUUAAAUACAAAUAUAUAUUAAUAUUUUAAUACAUGAAAGAAACUUUUUUAUUAUUUUAAAAUGUAUCAGAAUUUACAAUGCCUUACACACACAUACACAUUUUCUUAUAAGUUUCUUUCUCUUGUAUAUUAAUAUUUAUAUUUAUAAAUAUAUUUUAAUAAGAUAUAAGAAACUCUUAAAAUAACCAUAAGAAAUAAUCUUAUAUUGACAUAAUUGUCAGGUUAGUAGAAAUUACGCAUGUUGAUAGUUCUUAGAAAAA